CCUUGGAGCUGGUACUUGUGAGAAAACGAAGCUGGAUAUACUUGUGAGAUGAAUUGCUGAUUCCAUUUCUUUAUUGCUAUCAAGAAACGAGUCAUCGGUGCACAUGCUAUCACAGAUUCAGGAAUCGCAUUGUACAACAAGGACAGCAGCAGAAGUUACAACUAUAAAAGCAGCAGCCAGAACAGUUGCAUUUACAAUAACAACUAUGAAGCAGUAAUUACUGAGAGUGGUCAGAACAAUCACUAAAUCAAUAGAUCGUAUUAUACAACAAGUAAAUCAACUGCUGAGUCGAUCAAAUUCACCUUCAUUGCUGCAACAACUGGAGCUAAGUACAACAACUACACAGCCGGCUACUGAGCAAACUAUACCGAUGACUUCCCAGUCUUGUACGCCUUCUGCAGUACCUGUUCCAAGCUCAGCUAGUAAUGAUUCUGAUACGGACAAUUCUAAUAAUGGAAGUUUUGAAAUCAUAUCAGAUACCGAACUUGUCUUGCAAGAUAACCAACCGCAAGAACAAAUAAACGUACAGAUCGUAGAAGAGACUGUGCAAUACAAUAAACAACAAAUAAACCAACAGAUCAUACAAGCACAGCAGCAACAAGCAUCAAAUUCACCUCCAUUGAAGCAAAGUACGGAUGACAGUUCUGAUACAGAUGACAAUUUUGAUACGGUCGACAUGUAUGGUGGAGACGUAAAUUUUGAAAAUAUAGAUGUUAAUUUGCCAGCUGUUGUUGAACAAACUACACCGAUAAUUUCUCACCCUUGUAUGCCGCCUGCAGUACCUGCUCCAUGCUCAACUAAUAAUGAUUCUGAUAUGGAUAGCUAUUAUGAUUUGGAUGACAUUUAUUAUAAAAUAGAUGACAUUUAUGAUGGCAUUAUGGAUGACAUGUAUGAUGGAAAAGUAAAUCUUGAAAACAUGGAUGUUAAUUCAGUUGUUGAACAAAUUACACCGAUAACUUCUCUCCCUUGUAUGCCUCCUGCAGUACCUACUCCAAGUAGCUCAACUGAUAAUAAUUUUGAUACGAAUAGCAAUUCUGAUACGGAUAAUAAUUAUGGUGGAAAUGUAAAUCUUGAAAACAUAAAUGUUAACUCACAAGAUGCGCAACAAUCAUUGCCGCAAUCAAAGUUAAUCUUAAAGCAAUUGGACUCGAUUUUAAAGCAGUUGAAUUCGAUCGUAAAUCCAAGUACAGCAAAUACGCAACCAACUGUUGAACAAACUACAUCGACAAUUUCUCAGCUUUGUAUGCCUCCUGCAGUAUUUGCUCCAAGCUCAACUAAUAAUGAUUCUAAUACGGAUAGCUAUUCUAAUACGGAUGAUAAUUAUGGUGGAAAUGUAGAUCUUGAGAACACGGAUGUUAACUCACAAGAUGCGCAAUCAUUGCCGCAAUUGAAGUUAAUCUUGAAGCAAUUGGACUCGACUUUAAAGCAGUUGAAUUCGAUCUUAAAUCCAAGUACAGCAAGUACGCAACCAACUAUUGAACAAACUACAUCGAUAAGUUCUCAGCCCUGUAUACCUCCUCCGAUACUUGCUCCAAAUGUAGCUAAUAACAAUUCUAAUAUGAAUGUAAAUCCUGAGAAAAUAGAUAUUAACUUUAAAGGUGCCCAAUUAAGAUUGCAAAAGAAAGAAUAUAAUUUCAUUUAUAACAGAUUACAUCGUCUAGAAGUAAAACUAACGAAACCUCUACAACCCAAAAAUGCAUACAUGGUAUUAUGUGUAAUAAAAGCUAAAACUUUAUAUGGAUGGAACUCUGAAGAAAUAAAAUUUGAGAUGCUUACAAAAUCGUGUUUUACCGCUCAUGCUAAGUUUAAUGGUAAACAUUAUUAUGGAAAAGGACUAUCUAAAUCACUUGCUCGUGAAGAUAUAGCUGAAAAGAUAUUAAAAGAUGUAUUUUUUGACAAAAUGGUAACAAAAUCUAAAACAUGUACAUUUCAAUCCGAUACACAAGCUGCUAAUUCAUCUGUGGAUAAAAACAAAGAAAAGAUUGAUGCACAAAACGCCAUAGUCAUGAGUGCUAAAGAUGAGAUUUCAUGGAAUGCAUUCGCCAAUUUUGCACUUUAUAAACUUAUACUUGAUUGGAAUAAUGAGAGAACAUCGAAUUCUAUUGAUGAAAAUAUUAAAACUCGGAACGAAGUUUGUCAAGAGACAAUCAAAAAUCUUCAGAUCCGUAAUCCUACAAAAAAUCUAGUUGAAUUACUGAAUCGUAUGCAUCCUAAUCUAAUAUAUAUUGUGAAUCGUAUUAAUAAAAUACCACAUGAGAUAUUUACUAUAACUACUAAAAUUAAUGGAAUGGAAUUUUCAGGAACAGCUGCAAAAAUAAAGGAUGCAAAGAUAAAAAUGGCUAAACAAGCAUUAUUGAAAUUAUACAACGAAGUUUAUUUGGAUGGUGCACCAGCCCCACCAGCCUUUCGAACGAUGAAGAAGUGGUUUGCUAGAUUUCGUCGUGGUGAUUUUAAUCUCGAAGACGAAUCUCCUCCUUCCGUCAUCGGUGACGAUGCCAUUAAUAGCAAACAAUGUACGCAUUUCGAAGAGGUUGCUGAAGUUCUGAACAUCGAUCGAUCAACCGCGUGUCGGAGUUUAAAGAAGAUUAAGGCCAUUUCUAUGCUCAGACGCCUGGAAAAAGAGGUUCUUUUGGAUCGUUUGGUGGCUGACGAAAAAUGGGUUCUGUAUACCAAUGUCAAACGCAAGCGUACUUGGAAGGAAGCAAAUGAACCGGCAAAUUCAAUCGCUAAAGCUGAGUUGCCGGAAAAGAUCUUGCUAUGCGUUUGA